UUUCCUUCCCCCUCUAGUAUUCAGCCUUAGGGACAAGCAGGCGGUUCUCCAGCCAUGAGCAACGAGCAGCCCAAGCCGCCCAACAAAGGAAAGUUGGAAAAUAUUACUACAAAACUUUUUCCACAAGCAGAUAAGAUCAGCUGUAAACCACUGUGGCAUCAGAACCUGCCUUCAUUCCAUCUGCGGCGAGAUCAGGACGCUCACGUUCCAGAGCAGUUCAUGAUAAAGAAUGAGCUGACACCAGGUAAGAAUAAACCUGGAUGUUUGGAGUGGAGGUGAAGUUGUAUAAAACCCAAAAUUAUUCAUAAAAUAUCACUUAUGGUUUCUUCUCUCUGUGAGGGAAGAUAAAAGUCUGGUUGAGCAUUGAGGAUUCACCUUUCUUCUCUUUUUUUUCUUCCAUAGAGGAAAGAGUUACCAUGUCUGGGCUGCAAACAUCUGAAUGGCCACCAGAUGGGAUGAAGGAGAUGACAAAUCUUUGCCGCCAUCUAAUGGUCAUCUUAUUUUUAUGGCCCAAAUAUGAUGGCCCUUCACGUUUCAUGGAUGAAGACUGAACUGGCUGGCUGGGCUUUGAAGGAAUUGUGUGGUGAUGAGGCAGAAUAGUUUGUGUAGGGAGGAAUUGGACAAAGCACAACAAAUGGCUGAGUUCUUAGGCAAAUUUGCAUGCCUUUCUUCUUUUCUCUUAGAACUGCCAAUGAAAAUUUGAUAAUUUAAUCAAAGUAAUUUAAUUUACUUACCAGGACAACUGAUGUUGCCAAGACCUGACAGUGAAAAUACAGAAAUCUCACAUGUGUGCGCAGGAGUGGUAAUAGUAUGUGUUGCAGUGAAUGAAAGAGA